UGUAUUUGAACAGCAGAAAGAGUGUAUCUUGUGAGUGUCUCGAGGGAGUUUAGUAAAUGACUUUAUCGGGUUUGUAGAGUGUAGAAAAAUUAAGUCGUAAAUUAUGUGGAAUAUCACUUUGUCAUCAAGUGUUUGGGAUUGUUUGUCUCAGCCACAUUAAUUCUGCGGUGCUGAGAUUUAAUUUUAAACCACACCGAUCACCACGGAAAACUUAUCUCUCCCCACAUACUUUUCACUCAUCUCUGCAACUUCUUUUGUGAUUUCGCCUCAAUUGUGAUCACAGUGAAAAAUAAUUUUUUCCCCUGAGUUCAAGAGCACAGAAAAAAUUAAGUGUUUAGAAAAUAAUGUGAAGUUUUUCCGAGUGUUGUGUGAAAAGUUACCAUGGAAAGGUUUAACUAUCUUAUGCUAAUUAGUACGAAUUUCCUCCUAUUGUGUGCCAAUGCCAGUGCCAGAAAUCAUCAAUUUCGACACGUGGUCAGCGAUAGGACUAUCAGCUUUACCAAUUGCACUAUUGAGGAUGUCAAAAGUAUCCGGGAGCAUAAUUUGCAGCCUGAUGAUGUAGUUAUUAAUCAGUGUCACGUGCCAGAACUCCCCAAUGCUCUGUUCCUACGAACUUCAGCACUCGUCUCGCUUGAAAUAACGGAUUGUCAUCUGGAAAAUGUCCAGGAUUAUGCCCUAAAUGGCCUCAAUAGUCUCCAAGUACUCAAUCUCACUAGGAAUAACAUUUCAGUGGUGAAGUCCUGGAGCGAUCAUGAUCUCGAAGCUGUUCAGAUUAUUGAUUUAAGGAGGAAUCAACUUAGAGAACUCAACAAGAACACUUUUCGCAGAUACCCAAAUCUCACUCGGCUCAAUUUGGCUGUAAACCUCAUUGGGGUUAUGAAGGAGAAUACCUUUAGGUUUACACCUCAUCUCAAGUACAUAAAUUUGGGCAAGAAUCUCAUAACUCACAUUGACGAGUACACCUUCAAGGGCCUUCACAAGCUCACUCACCUAUCACUCCAUCACAAUCAGAUACGAUACAUUGACUUCUUUGCAUUUGUCAGCAACAGUCAUCUCAAAUCCCUGCACCUACAAGGAAAUGAACUGGCAGUCUUUGAAGCAGAACUAGUGGCUAACCUGCCGCGUCUAAUGCACCUCAAUCUCAGUCACAAUCAACUGGAAUUCCUGUCUGAGGGCACUUUCAAAAGGAAUCUCGAACUCAAAGUUCUUGACUUGAGCUACAACAAUUUCACAGAGUUCUCUGAGACUUCAUUCACAGGAUUGGAGAGUCUCGAGGUGUUCAACAUCAGCCACAACGACAUUCCCGAGCUCAGCAAAUACAUCUUCCGGGAGUUCACCGCUGUGACACAUUUAAUCCUCGCUAGCAACCAUCUCACUGCACUCGAGAAUGAGCUCCUGGAGUUUGUACCCAAUGUGAGAGUGUUUAAUGUGUCUGGAAAUGAAAUCUCUACCAUCGACAGUGAUCUGUUUGAUGGUCUGAAGGAUCUUGCUGUGCUGGAUCUCUCCAGGAAUCGACUGAGUCGCCUGGAUUUCUUAUCUUCGAUAGGAUCUCCACUGAAGGUGUUGGAUUUGGGUGGGAAUCAUUAUCACAGUCUGGAUUUUGCGCAAUUUGUAGCUGUGGACAGAGUGAUUGUAGAGGGAAAUCCCUGGUACUGCAGUUGGCUCAUUUUGGCCAUGAUGACCAAGCCAGAUUCGAUAGCACUGGGAAGGGAUUAUCUCGUCACGGCUACGAGCCACUCAUCGGAAAUCCACCAUGUGGCUGGGAUUGAGUGUGUGGAUGAGGAAAAUGGGCAGAAUAGGAGUGUCAUCCUUCUGAGGGAGGUGGACAAAUCGUUCGAGGACGAGAGUGGAAAUUUUAACAAUUGGCACGCACAAAAUUCCGCGUCAUCUGAAAUGGGCUUCAACCAGGACUAUCUUCUGUCUAAUUUACCUUCAAGAAUUGAUAAUUUUGAUUACAAGGCGAUAGUACUGUGGAUCAUCAUUGGUGUUGCUGUUGUGUUUGGUGUUACGAAAGUUUGCAGAGUUAUCCUGAUCAAAUCUGAGCGUCAGAGUGAGGAGUUACGCAGAGCUCAGCACGAGAAAUACAUGCAGGAACUGGAAGAAAUCGACGACAAGUACAUGCAACAACAAAUGCACGAACAUUCCAUCUAUAAACCGUGAAAAUGUUGUAAAAUAAGCAUCUUAAAGGCUCAUAAAAAAUUUAUUACUCUUCCUCCUCUUCAGUUUAACAAUGAAUCAUUUUGCUUACAUUUUAUAUAUCACUCUUUUCAUUUUUGCCAAGAAUUUCCAAUUGUCUUUAACUUUUUUUCUUUAUCUUCACUCCUUCUCUACUGCAAUCUUUAAUGCAUUUUUUUGUACUUACAAAACAAGUAAUUUCUUUCUAAGUGGCAAAUGUACAUCUACAACAUUCAGUGUACAACCCCCUUGAAAUGCUUCUAUCUAUCUAGUUAACGCCCUGUAGUAGUAUUAUAUUAGAAAAAAAUUUACUAAGAAUUGUAAAAAGAAUAUUUUCCCCAUUCAAAAUAUAUUAAUAAGUAUUUUUUUAAGAUAGAAAAUUUGUAGCCAUGGAAUGAACUAAGUAACUGCAAAGGAUGUAAAUGGAAAGAAAAAUAAACUAUUUAAGUAAU